AUGGUGACCUCCACAACUUCAACGACGACUACCACGUCUACAGCGUCCACAGACACGAUAACAACGAUUGCCAUGACAGGAAUCUUCACUCCACCGAUAUCCUGCUCCAGCUCAUGGACCUAUGAACCGCAGGCUGCAAAUGAUGUUGAGGGUGGUCUUUUAAUGCAGAACUGCGUGGAAGUUGAUGGGGAUAACACCGCAUGCUGGCCAUCCGGGUUUAACAACUGGGGGAGAACUAGCGCGUCACAAGUCUUCAGCCCAGGUUACUGUCCGGACGGUUAUACGUCCGCAGGUUUGUCUAUUGCGCAGUCUGUUACUGGUGCAGUAUGCUGUCUCGCAGAUUUUGCAUACAGCGUUGUGGGAGAGUACCCAGGAUGUAUCAGUACAUUAGCAUCGACAAAUUCAAUGCUCGUCACCAUCCGCCAGGAAACAGGGGAUAGUACAGAAAUUACCGGACCAGUCACAAUGUGGGGUCAACCCAUUAGUAUCCUAUGGGAGAAGAAAGACUUAAGCCUAUUUGUGCCCGCCACUACAACCUCAGCUUCAAUUACUUCAAGUACGGACUCGACAACGGCCUCUGGAACAACGGCGACCUCCUCGUUAUCGACCGCUUCAACUUCACCGGCAUCCGCAACGUCAGACUCGGGUAGCUCGUCUGUAGGAUCAUCGUCCGGUGGCUUGUCGACAGGAGCUGGAAUUGGAAUUGGAGUGGGUGUGGGUGUGGCUGGAGUAGCUGGGCUAGCCGCAUUAGCCAUUUGGUUUUUCAUGCGCAAGAAGCGCAGUCAGAGAAGUACCCCGGAGAACCCAGAUACCCGGAUCGAUUUCUACAACCCCCGGGCUCCGGGCGCUUCUUACAAGGACCCGGCAAACGCCCGUAUACCACCUUUGCAGGACUACAGGCCCACCGAGCUAGAUGGAUACGCGACCCGGGAGAAGCGUUUCCAUGAAUUGGACGCUACUUCAUGA